AUCCGCAGAAGUCAGACGAUUUGGAUUUGGACAUUUCUGUUCUGUCGAUUUGGUAGUGGGUUGGGUUACAAUUUAGUAGUGUAAUUUUUUAGUUUUGAAGUACGGGUGAAUGGUUUUACGAAAUACAGAAAUUAGUUACGGUGCCUUAUAUAAUUAGUGCUUAUUGAAUUCAUUACCAUUUAAGAUGAGCAAAAAGUGUGCGAGAUGUGAUAAGACUGUUUAUCCGACUGAAGAACUGAAAUGUCUGGAUAAGGUAUGGCACAAAUUAUGUUUCAAAUGUAAAGACUGUGGAAUGGCUCUGAAUAUGAGGACAUAUAAGGGGUUUAACAAGGAACCAUACUGUGAAGCUCACAUACCAAAGGCAAAGGCAACCACGAUGGCAGAGACACCUGAACUAAAAAGGAUCGCAGAGAAUACAAAACUACAAUCUAAUGUUAAAUACCACGCAGAUUUUGAGAAGAGCAAAGGUAAAUUCACGCAAGUAGCAGAUGAUCCAGAAACGUUACGGAUAAAACAAAACACCAAAAUCAUAAGCAAUAUCUCAUAUCAUGGGGAACUGCAGAAAAAGGCGGAGAUGGAACAGAGGAGGCAGAUUGGUGACAAUGGUAAUAAUGCUAAUGGAUUCAAAGAAUCAGAUCAGAAGAAUGCAAAUACUUUCCAACCACCUCUUCCACCAGUUCCUGGCCAGACAGUCAUAGGAAAUCCCAAUAACAUUGGCAAAAUUAGCGAAUAUGAUCCUCAGGCGGGUACGACACAAUUCCAGAGUCCAUAUUCAUCAAGGACUCCGCAGACAUUGAUAUAUUCUUCGGAUGUUGGUACAGUGAACAAUCCACCUCAGCGUCAUAUAGGUUCUGUGCAUGACAUGGAUCCAAUUAAUCACAACUACGGCUCCCUGGGCCGAGUCUACAAAGCUAUGUAUGAUUAUGAGGCACAGGACGAUGAUGAGGUCAGUUUCCGUGAUGGUGACCUCAUCAUCAAUGUUAGCAGCAUCGAUGGGGGCUGGAUGACAGGUGAGGUCCAACGUACGGGGCAGGUUGGUAUGUUACCCGCCAACUAUGUGCAGUUGGCCAACAUCUAAACAUCCAGAUGUCUUUCUGUGGACCUAGGAGGUGUUAAGUUGGAGUCAUUUUGCGAAUGUGUAAAACAUUUUGAACAUGUGAGUGGGUGAUGUAUGAUUUGUCUGCAGAAUUGGAUUUGCAUGUAGAAGGUUUUGAUUUCAAAGUUGGAAUCUAAAGCCAAGUCUUUAAUGACAUUAAUUCGUAUGAUUUUUGGAAUUUUCUGUUUUCAGUAAGUUUUCUCACUUUUUUUUGUAAAUGUAACCAAUAAUGUUGUAAAAAGUACAGUCAAAUUUACUUAAAAUAUCAAGAAAAUCAAAUUCAUUGGAAAGCGUUUUAAAUAUAUUUUAAAAACUGUUUAUUUUCAAACUAUACAUUUUAUUUACAGAACCUUUCUGAUAUUAUGAGAUGUUGAACCUUGCAUUUAAAAUUCUGAUAUUUAAUUUGUCAUAUAAUAUAUUUUAUUUUACAUUUGAGAAUGUUAUCUAGAAAAAUACUAAUCAUAUGGAUAUAAAAAAUGGUUAUGCACACAUUAUUAUCUUAUCAGGUAAAUUGCUUACCGAUUUCAAUCACAAUUUUGCAGAUAAAUUAAAAAUAAGGUGGUAAAUCUUACAGAGUAAAUCAAAUUUGGACAAUCACGUUUAGUCGCCAUUUCACUUGCCAUGUAUAUUUUAUCUCUGUAAUUUACAUCUUUUUCUUUUGGAAUUUAAUUUAUGCGUUAACUCGGCAAAUAUUUACUACCUUAUUUUGGCCCAGUGCUGUAUGAGAGCAAUGCUUUUCAAUACAUUCAUAAACGGACAAGUCCAUUCUGAUUUGCAUUUAUUGGUAAAAAUUCCAUUCCUAUUGGUGUCUUAUGUAUGAUAAAAAGUACCAGAGCAAUGAACUGUGCCUUCAGAAAGUUAUCCUUCCUGUAGUUUUUACAAUGUUAACUUUUUAAUAAAACUUUACACUUUUAUAUAUUUAUACCAUAAAUGUUAAGGACAAGAUUUCUGAUUAUAACGCACAAGAUUUUGCCUUAUACUCUUAAUAAAUCUAGAACUGUGUUAGGCUAUUUUAGGGGGUGCAUAUUUUUACACAUUCUUACAAGUUUAAUUUCAUAAUUCCCCGUUGUUUUAACAAAAUUUAUUGAAACUAAGACAUUAACAUUUACUCAAGUUUUUUAUGUUCGUAGGAAGAAUAUAAAAAAUAGUCAAUGAAGUUUUAAAAGGCUAAAAUAAAAUUUAAUAAAUAUGUGUAGGUGGGUAGAUGUUAAUAAAAAUUUUAGACAAUUUAAACUACUUGCUCUUUGGUAAAAAUCAAUUUUAAAAUGCUUUGAGAUGACUCAAGAAACAGUGCUAUAUAUUAAUGCUACUUUAUAUCGGGUGUACUAAAUCAUUGUAACUUGGAAAAUAUAGGCAAUAAAGUUACUAUGGAGAA